UUUUUAUUCAAGAUUACAAGGUUUAUUUUUGUUGUCAUUGUACAACACAGGGUUGUGAAACAAAAUGCAAUUUGCAGUCCCAUUUUGCAACAUGAGAAAAACAUAAAAAGCUAAAUAAUAUAGUGGAGAGGUGAACAAGCUCAGGCCCCACAACAAUGUAUUAAGAUGUGGUAUUUUAGAAAAUACACUGGUUGAUUGUUGAGAACUGCAAUAACAUAAACAGUACUGCAAUAACGAAAAAAAUGCCUUUCAUUUAUAUAAUAAUAAUAAUUCGGACUUCUAAAGCGCUUUUCUAAAUAUUUAUCUCUCUCUAAAUAUGAAUAUUAUAAAUAAAAUAUUCAAAUGAUGCUACAAAAAAGUGUUUCAUUUAUCUCUCUCUAUACAUGAAUAUUAGAAAUAAAAUAUUCUAAAAAAAUAAUAAUAAAAAAAACGAUACAUGUUUUGUAAUAUUUGUGUUUCGUGUGAAAUAACAAUUGUUAUUUUGUCAUUUCUCUAUUUGUGUACCGUCAUGUGGUCAAUAUUUUUUUGUUACAACAGCCGGACAGAGCGAGGACGUUUUAUUUAUCUCUCUAUAUAUGAAUAUUAUAAAUAAAAUAGAAUUUAAAAAAUAAAAUAAAAAAGCAAUACAUGUUUUGUAAUAUUUGUCUCUCGUGUGAAAUAACAAUUGUUAUUUUGUCAUUGCUCUAUUUGUGUACCGUCCUAUAUAUUCUGAAUAAAAUGUUAUUUACUUAUGUGGUCAAUGUUUUCUUUUUACAACAGCCGGACAGCGCGAGGAGGGGAGCGCCGGGGUGACGUCAUCGUGAUCCACAUCCACAGCGGCAGGAGGGGCGAGGCGGCCGCGGAUCCACCGGCAACAUGGCGUCCUGAGGUCGGAGAGGGAAAGAAAAACAAGGAUUCGCGUCGCGUGCCGGACAGAUUACCGCCCGUCCCAGCACCUUAGACCGGGACCCGAGGUGCUCCCCCUCCCCCCUCCCCCUCCCCACCACCACCAAAGAUUCAGGAUACACACUUUUUUUUAUUUUUUCCUAUCGGUGAAUUUCCAUUCGCGAUCCGCGGAAGAUGGCCGACCCGGCGGAGUGCACCAUCAAGGUGGUGUGCCGCUUCAGGCCCCUGAACAGCUCCGAGGUGGUCCGAGGCGACAGAUACAUCCCCAAGUUCCAGGGGGAGGACGACGUCAUCAUCGCGAGCAAACCGUACAUGUACGACAAAGUGUUCCAGUCGAAUACGACACAGGAACAAGUCUACAACGCCUGCGCCCAGAAAAUCGUAAAAGAUGUUCUGGACGGAUACAAUGGGACAAUAUUUGCCUACGGGCAGACGUCAUCCGGCAAAACACACACCAUGGAGGGGAAUCUCCAUGACACGGAUGGGAUGGGCAUCAUCCCCAGGAUAGUUCAAGACAUCUUCAACUACAUCUAUUCCAUGGAUGAGAACUUGGAGUUUCAUAUCAAAGUUUCGUAUUUUGAAAUUUACUUAGACAAGAUCCGGGAUCUCUUGGAUGUGUCGAAGACCAAUUUGUCGGUGCACGAAGACAAGAACCGGGUCCCGUACGUCAAGGGCUGCACUGAGAGGUUUGUCUGCAGCCCGGACGAGGUCAUGGACACCAUCGAUGAGGGCAAAUCGAACCGGCACGUCGCCGUCACAAACAUGAACGAGCACAGCUCCAGGAGUCACAGCAUCUUCCUCAUCAACGUCAAACAGGAGAACACUCAGACGGAGCACAAGCUCAGCGGGAAGCUCUACCUGGUGGAUCUGGCCGGCAGCGAAAAGGUCAGUAAAACGGGGGCAGAGGGCGCUUUGCUGGAUGAAGCCAAGAACAUCAACAAGUCUCUGUCGUCUUUGGGAAACGUCAUCUCCGCUCUGGCCGAAGGGACGUCCUACAUCCCCUACAGGGACAGCAAGAUGACCCGCAUCCUGCAGGACUCGCUGGGUGGUAACUGUCGGACCACCAUCAUCAUCUGCUGCUCGCCGUCCUCCUACAACGAGUGCGAAACCAAAUCCACCCUCAUGUUCGGACAAAGAGCAAAGACCAUCAAGAACACGGUCACGGUGAACGUGGAGCUGACGGCGGAGCAGUGGAAGCAGAAGUACGAGCGUGAGAAGGAGAAGAACAAGACCCUGAGGAACACCGUCACCUGGCUGGAGAACGAGCUCAACCGCUGGAGGAACGGGGAAAGCGUGCCGGCGGCCGAGCAGUUCGACAAGGAGAAGGCGAAGGCCGAGGUGCAGGCGCUGGACAACAUCAUCAACGAGAAGCAGGCGUCCACGCCCAGCGUGCCGGGCGUCCGCCUCACCGACGUGGAGAAGGACAAGUGUGAGGUGGAGCUGGCCAAACUCUACAAGCAGCUGGACGACAAGGACGAGGAGAUCAACCAGCAGAGCCAGCUGGCUGAGAAGCUGAAGCAGCAGAUGCUGGACCAGGAUGAGCUGCUGGCGUCGUCCCGCCGCGACCACGAGAACCUCCAGGCGGAGCUGAACCGCCUGCAGGCGGAGAACGAGGCCUCCAAGGACGAGGUGAAGGAGGUGCUGCAGGCGCUGGAGGAGCUCGCCGUCAACUACGACCAGAAGAGCCAGGAGGUGGAGGACAAGACCAAGGAGUACGAGGCCAUCAGCGACGAGCUCAGCCACAAGUCGUCCAUCCUGUCGUCUCUGGACUCCGAGCUCCAGAAGCUGAAGGAGAUGUCCAACCACCAGAAGAAGCGCGUGACCGAGAUGAUGUCGUCUCUGCUCAAAGACCUCGUGGAGAUCGGCAUCGCCGUGGGCAGCAACGACAUCAAGCAACACGAGGGCAGCGGCAUGAUCGACGAGGAGUUCACCGUGGCGCGGCUCUACAUCAGCAAGAUGAAGUCUGAGGUGAAGACGAUGGCCAAGCGCUGCAAGCAGCUGGAGGGAACGCAGGCGGAGAGCAACCAGAAGAUGGAGGAGAACGAGAAGGAGCUGGCCGCCUGCCAGCUGCGCAUCUCCCAGCACGAGGCUAAAAUCCGGUCCCUGACGGAGUACCUGCAGAACGUGGAGCAGAAGAAGCGUCAGCUGGAGGAGAACGUGGACUCUCUGAACGAGGAGUUUGUGAAGCUCAGCGCUCAGGAGAAAGUCCACGCGAUGGAGAAAGAGAGCGAGAUCCAGACCGCCAACGAAGUCAAGGAAGCCGUGGAUAAGCAGAUCCACUCCCACCGCGAAGCGCACCACAAGCAGAUCAGCAGCCUGAGAGACGAGCUGGACAGCAAGGAGAAGCUCAUCACCGAGCUGCAGGACCUGAACCAGAAGAUCAUGCUGGAGCAGGAGAGGCUGAGGGCCGAGCACGAGAAGCUCAAGUCCACCGACCAGGAGAAGAGCCGCAAGCUGCACGAGCUGACGGUGAUGCAGGACAGGCGGGAGCAGGCCAGACAGGACCUGAAGGGCCUGGAGGAGACGGUGGCCAAGGAGCUGCAGACGCUGCACAACCUGAGGAAGCUCUUCGUCCAGGACUUGGCUACCAGAGUGAAGAAGAGCGCCGAGAUGGACUCUGACGACACCGGGGGCAGCGCCGCGCAGAAACAGAAGAUCUCCUUCCUGGAGAACAAUCUGGAGCAGCUCACCAAGGUUCACAAACAGCUGGUACGUGAUAACGCAGACCUGCGCUGCGAGCUUCCGAAGCUGGAGAAGCGUCUGCGUGCGACGGCUGAGCGGGUCAAGGCCCUGGAGUCGGCGCUGAAGGAGGCCAAGGAGAACGGCGCCCGCGACCGCAAGCGCUACCAGCAGGAGGUGGACCGCAUCAAGGAGGCCGUCCGGGCCAAAAACAUGGCCCGGAGGGGGCACUCGGCCCAGAUCGCCAAGCCGAUCCGGCCCGGGCAGCAGCCGGUGGCGUCGCCCACCCACCUCAACAUCAACCGCAGCGGGGGGGGCUUCUACCAGAACAGCCAGGCGGUGUCCAUCAGGGGGGGCGGCGUCGCCGCCCCCCCCGCCAGCAGCAGCAGCAGCAGCAGCAAGAACUGAGGAGCAACGGGAUCGAAGGACGACGCCACUGAAGAAGCCAAUCACCACCCCCCCCCCCCCACCCCCCAUCCCAGCGAACUGAGGAGUUUCUGAAUUAUAAAUAUAUAUAUAUAUAUAAAUAAUCCCGGCCUGUACAGCUCCACCCUCACUCCCCAAUUCUCAUCGCGACUUUUUUCUCGUACUGGAUAUAAUAAUAAUAAUAACGAUUAUUAAUACAUAAAUGAAAAGACAACGCAUUUAAUUUACAAAGAGAAAGAUAAUAUUCGUAUCGUUGUGCGAGGAGCUGAAUGUAAAGGGAGCGAGAGACCCCGCGCCCCCCCCCCCCCCCCCUUCAAAAUAAAGAAGAUUAAAAACACAACCUAAAACAGCUCUACGGUGGCCCGACGGGCCCGAUCUGAACCUCUGAAGAGGGGAGAAAAAACUAAAAGAAUCACUGAAAAAAAAUCUGUUUUGAGAUGACUGUACAGAUGUAAAAUUAACUGCUGCACACACGGAGAGAGAGAGAGAUGGAGAGAGAGAGAGACGGAGAGACACCGUGCGACAGCCUACUGUAGAUGUAUUUAACAAAAUACCCGCCGCAGAGGCCACUUAUUUUUAUCAUUAAGUUAAAAUGAAAUCUGUACUCGUUAUUGGUGACUUCAUGAGAAGUAAGGUAAAGAAUGUAGGAAGCAAGGAAGCAAGGAAGCAAGGGGAUGAUCGGGGUUCUUUCUUCUCUUUAGCGUAGCCCGUGCUGCGUAGUGGCGCCAUUACUUCACUUCCUGUUUGACGGGCGCCGUUUAUAUAAAUAUAUCUCCGCACAUUGGUGCACGUAGUCUGCAGGCAUGGAGACCGAGAAGCACAGGCCCCGCCCCCCCUACCCGAGGCCCCACCCCCUGCACCUCCAGGACUGUGGUUCUUUUUGUUGUUGUUGUUCCUCUUGGAUCCCUCGUAUCAUGAUUUUUCUUUUCAUGUUUUUUGGGGGGUUUAUUCCCCCCCCACGUUGUUGUUUCUACUAGGUUUCCGACCUGUGGCUCUACGUCACCCCUUUCUUUUCGGGUUGUACGUUUGCAGAAAGCGCUGCGUGUUUCUGUUCUGUCUCUUUCAUUGUUCCAUAGCUCCGUGUAGAUGCUUGUCUGACCGGGGGGGGGGGCGGGUCAGGCGGACCCUCACUGCUGAUCAGCCAAUCAGGAGAGCAACAGUCUCCUGGCAUCACCUGGAGGAGGAGUUUCAUUUAACUGGAUCUAGUUAUUUUGUGUUUUUAAAAAAUUCCCGCCACAACUUUGUAGUUUUCAUUUCGUUGUCUCCCCCCCCCCCCUGCGGCGUCAUCGUCAAAGAGCUCGUUGCUAUGGUAACCCCGAUGUGAACGCACUCGCAUCUUGUGCACUGUAAAAAAACAAACACUGUAUAUCAGUCGACUGUCAGGUGUGAUCAGGGUACCCCCCCCCCCCUCUAUGGCGUCUGAUCCGCUUACUUUCGGUCCUCUUCUGUGUUUUUUUUCUCAGCGACGACUUCAGUCUCUUUUUUUUCUUUCCGGACUUUUCCCGGAUCUCGACUUGAGAGCGACUCCAAAAGCUUCUCCGAGCUACACGACAAAGACACUUUCUCACUUCUACAUGUUUGGCUUUGGGGAACAGAUCUAGUGGGGGGGGGGGGGGGGGGUUGGGUUGUUUGUCUUUUCUCCUAAGAUGUCACCCGUGGGUUUAAGAGCACUUCUUCACAAUACCUGCACUCAUAAAAACACUCCGAACACACGCGGCUGUGUUUGACUGGAGGAUAAUCGAAGCUUCCAACAUCGUGUCCCCGGAAUCGUUUUGUUGAAGCGGUCGUCAUCACGUCCUGAGACGGGUUAUUCCCUCGGUGUAAUCUCUCGAGCUCAGUCGAGGCUCUGAACUGGACACGGGGAGAAAUGGUUCGUCCCAACAACAAAAUAAACCAGCAAAGAAUAGUCUGGAUUGGAUCUCCCGCUAAUUCUAAAAUUUGAAAAAACAAAGUGGAGCCACUUUUUUUAUUACUGUGUAAUAGUUGGUCUUUUUUUUCUUCUUCUUCAAAGACGACAGUUAUGAGGCUCCAGCAGGGGGCGUGGUUCUGGGUCAUUCCUGGAGAACUGGGGCACGCGUAGGGCUCCGAUAGCGCCGAGAGACGGGAAGCUCAUGAGAUCACAGUUUUGGAUUGAUUGCAUGAUGUAAAUGUUUGUGUGAUUAAAUAAUUAUGAGGAAAACA